AUUUUUUCAUUGGUGCAAGUUGUUCAAAAUAAUGGUUUCUUUUCAAAUUUAUUGGUUAGUUUAAGUUAAUUAACUAAUUUUACUUAUUAUAAGUUCAAAAUAACGUCAGUUAAGUCGUUUUUAUAAAAUUUAAUUCUUAUUAUACAAUGUCUGAUGCAAAUUUAAUAGAAUCUGACGAUGCAUCAAGUAUUGAUAGUUCAACAACUGAUCGAACAUCUCGAAGUCAUACUCCUGCUAAACGUGGUCGACAAAAAAAAUCAAAACCUUCAAAUAAUACUAAAAAUGUAAAAUUACAAUACAAGUUUUCCUGUGCUUUAAGAGAAGAUCAUGGUCAAUCAUUAUUUGGCGUUCAGUUCAAUCAUCUAUUAAAUGAUGAUCAGCCUUUAAUAUUUGCUUCUGUUGGAAGUAAUCGAGUAUCAAUAUAUCAGUGUUUAGAUGAUGGAAGCAUUAAUUUACUACAAAGUUAUGCAGAUCCUGAUUCCAAUGAAACUUUUUAUACGUGUGCUUGGUCUUUAGAUGAAAAUGGCAAACCUCUAUUAGCUAUGGCUGGUAAUCGAGGUAUUAUUCGUAUUAUAAGUCCAGCUAACUUGUCAUCUAUUAGGCAUUAUAUUGGACAUGGUCAAGCAAUUAAUGAGUUACAGUUUCAUCCAAUUGAUACUAAUAUGUUACUUUCAGUUUCUAAAGAUCAUACAUUACGCUUAUGGAACAUUAAGAGUGAUGUUUGUAUUGUAAUAUUUGGUGGAGCAGAAGGUCAUAGAGAUGAAGUGCUUUCAGCUGAUUUUAAUAUUGAUGGUACAAAAAUUAUGUCAUGUGGCAUGGAUCAUUCACUAAAAUUAUGGAGCUUAGAAAAAGAUUAUAUUCAAGAUGCCAUUAAACUAUCAUAUUCAUUUAAUCCUAACAGAUCAGCUAGACCUUUUGAUACUAUUAAAGAACAUUUUCCAGUUUUUUCAACCCGAGAUAUACAUCGUAAUUAUGUAGAUUGUGUACGAUGGAUUGGAGACUAUGUGAUAUCUAAAUCAUGUGAAAAUUGUAUGGUUUGUUGGAAACCUGGUCACUUAAAUGAUACAGAAUUAAAACCAAAUGAUACAACAGUAUCUCAAAUAUGGUAUUAUGAUUUCAAAGAUUGUGAUGUAUGGUUUAUUCGAUUUGCUAUGGAUUUUUCACAAAAAAUAUUAGCGUUAGGAAAUACAAUUGGUAAAAUCUAUGUAUGGGACUUAAAUUCUAAUGAUCAAGCAUCAAUGCGUGUAACUACUUUGGCCCAUCCCAAAUGCAAUACUGUAAUUCGCCAGACUACAUUUAGUCGUGAUGGAAAUAUAUUAAUUUGUGUAUGUGAUGAUGGCACAAUUUGGCGUUGGGAUCGACUACUGAAUGUUUAAAAUCAAAAAUAUGCCUUAGUCCAUAUUUUAUAACUAUUUUGAAUUUUUAAAUAUUUUGAUAUCUGAUUGUAAAGUUUUAAUUUUAUCUCUUUUUUUUUUUCUUGUUUAAUUUAAAUUCUUAUUACUAUUUUUUAAUAAUUUAUAUAUAUAUAUAUAUAUUUCAGACCACAAAGAAAUUAAUAAACUUACAAUUUCUAAGCUAAUGAAAAGUAUUUCAAAUAAUAUUUUUUACAAAUUUUUAGUUAAAACAUG